AUGGACCCACGCCUUCUCUUUCAUCAGGCCUUCGUCCCGAUCAUCGGCGGCUUGCCAGAUUUCACCCUGGUCCAGAAGCUCGUGCUCCCUAUGGGGUGGAAGCAUGUCUCAUGGUCUGGUCUCCUGCCCAUCGCCUUCGACCCGUAUCGUCAAGCGUUCAAGCUUACACCGGUUGGGCCAAUGCCGCUUACGUGCGAAGAACUCCAUCAACAAGGUCUCCACAAGUAUGUACCAGGUGGCGAGCUGCACCCCGAGUAUGGCAUGUUGCCCGAAAUGCUUAAGCUCAGCGAUGGUAGUGACGCCGACAUCUUCAACUUCGAUGGAGCUGAUUGGACAUUGCCGUGGAAGGGUCAGAUCGACUCCCACGCCCCCUCUAAUGCUACAAACGAGCAGCUCGGCAGCUAUGAGCUUUCCAGCCCCAUCGACUCUGACACCCUCGCGCCCGUUGUCACUUACCCAUGGAGCGAAGCCCGGGAUUGCCCGGACAAGGUUUUCGACAUCUGCGAUGCUUGGCGAUGGCUAUCAUGCAAAGAGACCAAGCCUGAGGUGGACUUUAUUCCCACGCCUGGUAUGAACUGGCGAGGGACUGGCGCAAUGCGCUCACAACGUAGACUCAAGUCACCCAUUCCCGAGCUGAUGAUGCUUGCCAUGCCGGACCCGACUACAUCGGAGAACAAGCAUAUUGUAUUGCUUCAGAACCAAGAUGAUGGAGUCAAAGACAAGAACCAGUUUUGUCCAUUCAAGAGUGUCGCGACAUCCGUUAUGGCCGACAUAACCCUCCUUGAGGACACCGAGUUCACGAUCAUGGAGCUACUGUCGUACUUUCCUCAACACUACUACUGGGGUCAUGCAGCUAAGCGAUUGACAAGGGCGGGUGUGACUGGGACCCUGAUACGGGAUUUCCUUAUCAUGACGCGAGGGCUUCAGGGCGAUGAGAUUAUGAUGGCAAACAGUAUUGCACAGGCAGCUAAGGUUGCCAAGAAGAGGGAUUGCGUUAAGGUCGAAGAGAUGGAUAUCGAUGAAGUCGGGAAGGAUACACCAUCACCUACACCCGCUCCGGUCAUCGAUUCCACGGUUGUCGACUUGACUUCGAGCUAUACUGCUGAAGGGUGGAUCUACGAUGUAUGGGAGAAAAUCGACUACCCGCUUCUUGCCCUCGCCCAUGGCUUGCAGUCGUUGCCUACAGGUGUGGAUGCCGGUCCGCUGACCGCACUCAUACUUUGGUGCCGAGAGAAAGGUCGGUACAAAGCCAUGCUUAGCGAAGUCCCUGCGCUGCUGAAGAAGGCAAACAUUGAGCCGCUGAUCGAGCCUGGCGAGAGUGGCUGUCCAGAUAAAGAAGUCGCAGGCAGACAUGCUGGGGCAUUGAAGAAGGACAGACUAAGGGUGGUUAGAGAUGCGGGUGUCAGCAAGAGGGCAUUGGAUGGUAGUGUUGGUGGCACUCAAGGAAAGAGAAGGAGGGCUGAGUAG